GCGGGCGGGACGCCCGGGGCUGUGAGCUAGAAGGAAAAGCCUUGCCUUGCACUUACCCAGCCGCGCUUGGGGAGCAGUUGUCUCUGUCCGGCGUUUGUUCCCAGGCGCGCAGCCCUCGAUUCGGGGCACAGAUCUGUCCUCCCCGCCCUCCCCGCGGCCUCGGCCUCUCAGGCCCAGGCCCAGGCCCCCGCCCCUGAGUCCCGGCGGAUGUCCUGAGUCGCCACUGGCCGGUGCCGAGCGCCCCGGGGCCGCGGCUGCUGGGGGAAGUCGGGGCGCGCGCGCCGGCUAUGUGCUGUAAGCAUGGGCUCGUGGCUGGGCGAGGUACAGUGGUUCGUCCUGGUGUCGCUCUUCGUCGCGGCCCUGGGCACGGUGGGCAUGUACUUGGCGCAGUGGGUGCUGGCCAGGGCGCGACCCCCGCCCCGGCGACGGGCGGAGCCGGAUGAUCGACGGCGCCGGGAGUCGGACACGCUUCUUUCCUGGAUACUGACACUGGAUAGCUGGGGGAAACAGUGGCAGGCGGCCUGGGUGACCGCCCUGAACUACGAGGCCGAAAGGAGAGGGGGUCCACUGCAUCUCUCUUUUCAGCAAUACCCACGGCCACAGUCCUUGCAGCUGAGAAUUGGGGAGGUCUCCAGUAUGGUCAAAUCAACCCAGGAGAAGGUGGUGAUCUGUCAUGUGGUGGGUGAGACCCUUCAGUUCUUGGUCAGUGCAGGGCCUGCCUCUACCACAAGCUCAGAAUGCCAGCUAUAUGAUGUCCAGCUUUCACCAUUUCAUUUAAAGAUGGAAUUCCACAUGGAAAAGAAGAGAGAGGACAUCCAGAUCAGGUGGUCUUUCACCCAUGCACCAGAAACAGCUAUCAAGAUCCAGCCCCAGGCCCUAGGGGAGAAGCAGAUACUCAAGGUAAACAUGCUUUCUGAAGCCCUUGAGGAUCUUUUCAAGCACCUAGUUAGUGCUGCCUCUCCAUCCGUUUUUCUGAGCACCAAGCCUAUGCCGGUUAAAGAAGCUCAGACUCUUCAGUGCACUUCCUCCACUGCUCAGGAAUCCUGCCCUCCCAAACCUCCAAGGGCUCAUGAACUAAAAUUGCAGGUGAAGAAUAUCCGAGUCUCCCUGCUAAACCACCCUGGUGCUUCAGGCAGCAUUAGCUAUGUGUGCGCAGCCCAGCUGAAUGAUCCAGCACAGCGGUUCAUCAGCACCCUAGUGAGAAACACAACAGACCUCACAUGGGAGGAGGAAGUCACUUUUGAACUGAAUGCCAAAUCCAAGGAGCUGCUCCUGCAGAUCUCAGAGGAUGAGUGCUCCCCAGAAGAUCUAUUGGGGACAACAACCAUUCACCUGGACUUAUUUAGGAAGCAGCCAAAUGGCCCACAGACCUUCAGACUGAUCAGCGGGACAGGGCCUGAUGGCUUUGUUUUAGGCUCAGUCACUGCAGAGUUUUCUUACAUAGAACCUGGUGAGCCGAAGUCUUGGCCAUCUCUUCCCCCUGUUUCUGCUGCAAAGAUAGAAAAGGACCGUACAGUCAUGCCAUGUGGGACUGUGGUCACCACUGUCACCGCUGUGAAGACCAAACCUCGCUUUGACACUGGGAGGGCAUCCCCACUGAGCUCAGAGUCCCCUGUGAGGACACCCAUCAAGGUGAAGGUCAUUGAGAAGGACAUCUCUGUCCAGGCUAUUUCGUGCCACAGCACCCCUGUCAGCAAGACAUUCUCCUCUUCAGACACAGAACUGUUGGUGCUGAAUGGCUCAGAUCCUGUGGCUGAAGUUGCCAUUCAGCAGCUCAGUGAAUCCUCAAAGCUGAAAUUGAAGUCCCCACGGAAGAAAAGUACAAUCAUCAUUUCAGGGAUCUCCAAGACCUCACUGUCUCAGGACCACGACGCUGCCCUCAUGCUGGAUUAUGCAGCUUCUAUGGACAGCACCAACCAGGGGGAUGCCCCAUCCGCUUUGUGCCCUGCAGAGGCAGCUAUAGCCUCUGCCACCAUCCCACCUGAAGAAGAUGAGCCAGCCCAGGCCCUACCUGCCCUCCAGCCUAGAGAGCAUGAUCUGGACUCCUGGGACCUGGAGAAGGAGGCUUCAGUUGCAGAGUGGAGCAGCCCAGCCUUUCAAGAGCCUGAUGGGGAUGAACUGUCAGAGAGCUCCCUAAAUGCUUCAGAGCUUGGAGCUAUCAAGAAGCAUAAAGAAGGAAUCCUAAGGAGAGGCGCCAAGCUCUUCUUCCGUCGGCGACACCAGCAGAAAGACCCAGGCAUGAGCCAGUCACAUAACGACCUGGUAUUCCUGCAGCAGCCAGAGGGGAGGCAGAAGAAGGGGGCAACCUUCAGCCGGCUCCUGAACAAGAAGCUGCUUGCCAGACACAGAGGCAAACAUACCAUGAACAGAGUACCCAGAGAGUCCUGCACAUAGCCCAAGUUACCCCCUAUCCUCACAGCCGGAGGGUGGGGACCACAAAGGCCCCCAUCAGAAUAGCAGGAAUCAGUGCCAUGAGUCUAGCUGCCCCUAACCCCGCUACCAAUAAUCUUGUCUUUUAAAAGGAAGAAAAAAAUCUGCAUGUUUGGCCAGGAAGCUUCCCUAAAGAUAACAGAUGACACAGUCCAGUUUGCCACCAGAUACUCAGUAGGAACAACUAUCAUCAUGCCAUCAAGGCAUUGAGGUGGAAUAUAAGAGGGAGACUUGCAUCAGUAAGCCAUGUGUGCUUUGAUGGACUAUGGAUGGUAGGAAGGAAGGAUCCACGUCUACCUAUUCCUUCCUCUCUCCUGCAGGGACUAUUAGGGUUCAUGUCUGGACCAUUGCACAAGGGAGAAGUAUCCCUCUGGACUGUUACUAUAAGCAGGAUGGGCCACCUCACCUAACUUGCUGUAUAGAAAUAAAAAAGUGUACCUGGGGCUAUGAGUAUGGAUACAGGCAGGAAUUUUGACCCAUGAAGAAAUAAUAAUAGGAAAAGAUGUGCUUUGACAUUUGUGAGGUGUUUGCCUUUUACAUUAGCCAUAGAAGUUAAAAACUUAUGUAAACACUGAAUAUGUCCUAUGCAGAUUGUGCCAGAUACUUCCAAACUUACUCAAGCCUUCUUGCAAAUGGAGCUGUAGAAGUUCAGACAUGUUUGUUUCUCAUGACAGGGGCUCAGUUUUUCUCAUAGUGCAGAUGGCAUGCUGAGUUCAAAUAUGUGAGGCUGACAUCAGGAGCAGUAAAUGACAGCUUGUAGGACAUGGCCACACAUAUAUGGUUCUUGCCAAAUACAGUGAACAGCUAAAACAAAGAACUUUUAGGGUAACCGAGGAAAUUAUUCUGUACCUCAGGUGCCAGUUAGUCUUAGAAGUAGAACUUUUAUAACAGUUGGUCAGACUUGCAGGAAUUCUUUUUAUGAGAUCUUUAGACUUCUACUGUGAACAAGGACUUCUGGUCACAUUUUAGGGGAUCCUGGUUUUGAUUUACUGUGUGAAAAUUAUGAAGUUGGCACCUGGCUUCAAUGUCCCUAUAUAUCUGUAAGGGGCUGUCUUCAUCUGUGUGCCUGGCACUGUGGGUUCACUGGGUCUCAGCAGCCACUCACUGUCCUUGGGUGGGGUGUUUUGACCUGUCAAGAAGAAGAUCCAUUUUCUUCCCAUAACAGUGCAAAGGCUGACAAAAAGGAAAAAAACAAAAAACAAAACAAAACACCUGAGUUCUGUCACUGAUACGAAGUUAGGAAGUUCCUUCUGGCAUCUUCUGUUCAUCAGAAAUAUACAUCUCAGGGGAAAAGUCACUGUUGAUCAAAAUAUGUCUAUGAAAGCCAAAAUUACAGAAUUUUUUUUUAAAUUUUUUUUCUUGUUUUAGCAAGAGAGAUUGGAAAACUACAUUAGAAAUCUUUUUUCUUUCUUUCUGUUCUUUUCCUUGGUUCUGGGGAUUAAACCUGUGGCUUUGUGCAUACUGAACAAGCCCUUGUCCAUUAAACUAUUUCUCUGUCCCUCUUUUCACUUUAUCAUCAUCACCAUCAUUAUCAUCAUCAAGCUAAGGUCUCACUAAGUUGUUACCUGGGCUUGUCUAUAAUUCAUUCUGUAGCCCAAACAUAUCUUAAAACUCUGAUCCUCCUGUCUUCAUCUGUCAAAUAGCUGGGAAUACAGAUCUGAGCCACUGAGCCCAGUGGAUUUUACUUCCAAAUAAACAUUGGAAAAUGUGUGGUGGUGCAGGCCCAUGAUCCCAGCAUGAAGAAGGCAGAGAGAGGAGGCUGUUAGCUUCCAACUCAGCCUGAACUACAUGAGACCCCCCUUCUCAAAACAAACAAUGAAAGUAGAAGAAAAGGAACCUGGAAGAGUCUCAAGUAGUUCCCAGAGGACUCUGAAGAGAUAUUUUAAACAUACUUUGUCUUUAAAGAUCACCAUAUGUUAGUCACUACAAGGUUCCAGAAUGAAUCCAUCAAUACCAAUUUUUCCCAAAGGCAGUAAUCCCUACCACUUUCUGGGAGUGGAAGUGAUUUAAAUGCUGUGCUCUCCUUGAAAUACUGUUAUUCCAUACCGUGUGCAGAAUUGUAUCAUAUAGCUAACAAUUCCCAGAGACUAUGUUGUGUCAGAGAUUCUGAUGCUGUAUUUUCAUUAUGAGGCAUAAAGCCUCAUCCAACGUACUUGGGGCCAGAAGUGUUUCAGACUUAUUUUGGAUCUGGGGAUAUCUUAAUAAGAAUUUACCAUCUGAGCAUUCCUGGAUCCCAAAUACAGAAUUUUCAGAAAUAUGACACUCUUUGGACACCAUGAUGCAUACAGAGUUUUGGUUUUUGGAAUUUGGGGUUAGGGAUGUUCAGCCUAUGCAGGUUUUGUUGGUCUGAAUGGUUUGGGCAUUUAGGUUCAGUCUAUUCAAGUGUGAGGGUAUCAGAAGUUUAGUUUAAGCUUCCACUCGCUCAGUAACAACAAAAAUUAACAAAUGUUUUUCAGCCAUCCUAGCCCACAAAUGCUCCUGUGAGCAUCUUGCUCCUUCCUAGCUUCCUGCACACGUCUCAGACUUGCUUCCUACUCCAUUGAGCAGCCUUUGCCAAUUGAGAACACCAUCACAGCAGAGGGUGCAAAGAUGGGGGCCACAAACAGGUGGCUUCAGAGAGUACCCUGAGUAGUCAGGCCUUCCUCAUACUGUGAAAUCCAUUCUCCAAGCUGUUUAUCCACUUGUGCUUUAUCAUGGUGUAGGGUAAUUAUGCUGAAAUGAACGUCAUUAAGACUAGGUACCAGGUGCCAGCAACACACAUGUGUAAAUCACCUCUGUCCUACAGACUUCACUACAUUCUUUCGUGGCUUCAGUUUCUGUCUUGAGAUUUUAGUACAGUGUUAGAUCAAUUUCUCAUGAACACUAAUCCAUGUGUCUGUGAAUCUGGAAGCAGAUCUCAGGUUGGUUGGAGUGAGCUGGCCACAUUUCCCCUGUCCUUAAUGCAGUAACUGAAUAGAGCUGUUUGUGUGUAAUGGGGGUGUAGCAAUAACAAAACUAGGGUUCUCUUGCUCUGAAUGAAAACCUACUAUGAGCAAGAGGAUCUAGACAAGGCACUUUAUUUUAAAUUUUAGUUUACGUUCAAAACUAGCCCUGCUUCCUAGCUGUGGCUACUUGGCCAUUAUUUCCAAAUCAGAUUUUUGCUUUGGUUUUCCCUGGCCACAUUACAGAAAAAGAGUUGUGAAUUUUCUUCUCAAGCAGAAAGGGAAAGAUUAAUUUACAUUGCUGCCACACAAAGUGCUGUGUUUUGGUUAAUAAGCUCAGGGCUGUCAAUCUUGAACAUUCGAAGUACAAACUGAUAAGAUAGUAGAAGGAAAAAUGAAUCUGUCACAUUGAAACAGGUGUGGGUAUUGACCCUGAUGACCAGGAACUGUCUCCACUAUCCCAACAGGCAAGACCAAAGCACCUGCAAGGGGACAAAGACACUGUGCAAACCAGUAGUGCAAGCUCCCAUCACCUUUGGCUCUGUUCUGUGAAUAAAUAAAUAUUGGAUUAACCAA